CCAUCAAACUAAAAAUUGAAUAAAAACUAAACAUUUGAUUUAAAUGUUUAGGAAAAAAUAAAAAAGAGAAGGGGGCAUUUGCCCCCAUAACAAUAGGCAUGUUUCCACCAGAACUGAUAACCCAUAUCAAAAACCAGUGCCAUUCGGUUAAGUAAAGGACCGAACCCGGUCCAUACCACUUUUUCGGACUGGAUUCGGUUCAGGCCUUUUACCCAGGCCUAGUUCCCCAAGCAAAGCAAACCACCGCGUCGUAUAUAUUAAGUUAUCAGUCUCCGAUUCAUGAAGUUCACCAAUUUCAAAACCGUCGAUCAUGAGCACCGCCGUUGCAGAUCACCCAAAUCCAGAUUCCGUCUCAACAACGGUCAUGGAGACGGUGAACGGUUCACACCAGUUCACCAUCAAGGGCUACUCUCUAGCCAAAGGCAUGGGACCAGGGAGAUACGUAAAGAGCGGCGUCUUCUCCAUCGCCGGAUACGACUGGGUGGUCUACUUUUACCCCGACGGGAAGAAGCCCGAGGACAACUCCGCGUACGUAUCUCUCUUCGUCUCUUUAGAGAGUGAUUCUAGUGACAUUAGGGCUUUGUUCGAGCUCAAGUUGAUGGAUCAGAGCGGUAAAGGGAGGCAUAAGGUGCAUAGUCACUUUGAUGGUACGCUCGAAGGUGGUCCUCGGCCUCAUACGCUUAAGUCUAAAUGUAGCAUGUGGGGUUACAAACGCUUUUUAAGACGAACAGUUUUAGAAGCUUCUGACUAUUUGAAGGAUGAUUGUCUUGUCAUCAAUUGUACUGUUGGAGUUGUUAGAGCCCGUCUUGAAGGUCCGAAACAGUUUGGCGUUGCGCCGCCACCGUCUGAUAUGCGUCAGGGACUGAAAGACUUGCUAGAUUCCGAAGUUGGCUGCGACAUAGCUUUCCAAGUCGGAGAUGAGACUUACAAAGCUCACAAACUCAUCCUCGCAGCACGCUCGACGGUGUUUAGAGCUCAGUUCUAUGGACCAAUUGGGAGUAACAAUGUGGAGAGGAUAGUGAUAGAAGACAUCGAGCCUUCCAUCUUUAAGGCUAUGCUUAGCUUCAUCUACACUGAUGUACUCCCUGAUUUGCACAAGAUUACGGGGUCUGCUUCCGUCAGUUCACUCACGAACAUGAUUCAGCAUCUCUUGGCAGCUGCUGACCUCUAUGACAUUGAAAGGUUAAAGGUGUUAUGUGAAGUUUUUCUAUGUGAAAAUCUAAAUGUUGAUAAUGUGGCAACAACACUUGCACUGGCUGAACAGCACCACUUGGUAGAGCUCAAAGCCUUCUGCUUAAAGUUUGUUAUAUCUCCAGGAAAUUUGCGAGGUGCGUGUUUUGGUGCAGCUGUAAUGAAGUCUGAAGGGUUCAAGCACUUGAACCGGAGCUGUCCCUCUAUGUUGUCUGAGCUGCUGCUGAGCACGGUUGCAGGAGGGGAUAAGAGCUCGACGAGUGGACAAGCAAGCAAGAAAAGAAGUUCGUGUAGUAGUGUGUUAGCCUAUGAAACAAGUGCUGCGAGGCAACUGAGGAGGAGGACAUAGGGGUAGAUCCAAAUGCAAUGAAACUUUGCGCAUGUCCGCUUACUUUUACUGAUCUGGAAGCAAAGCAGACACCAAAUCUGGUUUUGGUAGAGUUUUAUUGCAGUGGGAUAAUUUGUUCCAGCAUGUCAACAGUAGUAUAAAGCUUUUAGGCAAUAGAGAUCUCUUUUUCUCUGUCUUUUAUAGUUGUUUACAGUUGUUGAACUUGGUUUUGUGUGUUUGUUAGAAGCAUAUGCUAUCUAUACUAUUAAAACAGAAACAUUCUGAAAAAUCUAUUUAAAAGUUAUUUGGCCUACCUAUUAUUAUUUAUUAUUAUUUUGGUCCUACGGUUAUAAUGUUACCGAUUAUAAUUAUUUUGAUGAUUAUAGAAUAUUCCUUAAAUGUUAUCUCAUUAAAAACGGAGAAAACAUUACAAAUGUUAUAAACUAAAGAGAAUGUGGAGAGUGAUUUGUGAGAAAGUUGUGUGUAUUUCUCAUUAGCCAACACCACAAUAUAUAGUGGUUUGGUACAAGGGUUUACAAAUGCUUUACAAGGAAUAAAAUCUACACAUUGAUUACAUUGACUACAUUGAUGUCAUAGAGAAGACUUGGUCAUGGUGAUAACUCCAAGGUUGACUGAGUCUUCUGAUCUCGGUCCGGUUUGUAGAUGAACCGAUGUAGACCGGAUGUAAACCUCCUUGCACUUCCUCUUGUAUAUGUUGGACUUGUAUAGUACUUGGUUAAGUACUUGGUUAUGGUCCAUCCACACAAUAGAUUUUAUAACACUCCCCCUUGGAUGCCAUAACCAUAUGAGUUCAUAAUAUGCUUAAUGUUGCCUCAUUAAAACCUUACUAGGAAAACCCAUUGGGAUAAAACCAUAGUUAAGGAAAAAGAGUACAACACAUACUACUCCCCCUGAUUUGAACAUCACUUGCUGAAUAGAUGUUCAUGGAUUCUUACUUGAACAAUCUUGUAUUGUUCGGACAUAUCAUGUCUCUUAGAAUCCUGAUGAUACUUUAGAAAAUAUACCACUUUGAUAUCGACCACUUAAGUACUUUAGAUAAAAUGUACUAUUUUAUAUUCUGGUCGUUUGAUUAUGGUCUUUGACCAAAUCACUUUUAUAUGCCUUUCCAUAAUAUUGGUCGGCUAGUACUUUAGAUCCUUUAUAUAACAUGGAUCAUCAUUAUAUCAAGUAUGAGCAACUUAGCUCUUUAGGACUUAUGGACAUGCCUUAGCUUUAUGAGUAUAAUAUUAUUUGCCAUAGACAACUUUAUACAUAGGUCAUGUCUAUUAGAUCAUGAUCCUUAUAUCCAUAGUUUAUCUAUGAUCGAUCUAAGUCAUUUUGCAGUCUUAGUGUGCCGGCAAUUCGUACACAUAUAUAUAUGGACGAUUAGACUGAUCUAGGCCGGACAUGGUCAUGACAUAGAAUUGAUCUAAUUGAUCCUCAAAUUUAUGUCUAAUGACAUCCAUGAUCUACAACUUUAUCAUGGACCAAAUCUUAUAAUAUGGUCGGACCCGUUGGGUCGCAUAUGGACGCAUAAUGCGGUCCUACACCUUUUUGUUCAAAGAUGAACUUUGAUCUUAUAGCUUAUCUUUAUGAUAGCUUAUUCAUUCAUACCACAACUUGGUUGGUUCAUGCUGAGAAUUUUGACCAACCAUAAGUAUUACCAAAAUUUGGCUAAUUUGUGGUGAUGGUCUAUAACCUUUCUAAGGUUUGAUGAAUAACCAUUUAACCUAUCUUAGGCUGGUUAGUAUAUCACAAAAAAUUCAUCUAUGGACUGAUUUGAAUUGUUCUUAUAGAACUUUUUCAUUUGCUUACAUGUAGCAAUUUAAUUCAGUCCAUGGACAGUUUUAGGAAAAUGCUGUUCAUGAGAACUUCUUUUCUCAUCUUAUGAUUCUGAGCUCAGUAUAUUUUGGUAAACCUUUUAGGUACCAAUAAUAUUAUUAUCAUCCAGUGAGUCAUAUAUAACAUACUACAUCUUUUGAAUUUCUUCCAGACAUUAUAUGUAGUGACAUAUGUAGUAUUAUCCACCACUUUGGAUUAUAUAGACCUCCCUUGGUCUGUCUCACGAUUUUAUCCUUCUUUCAGGAUUUAUCUAUUCACUGGGCAUCAUAUGGCGUUUACAUAUUCAUGGCCAAUUCAAUACGCCUUU